AUGGGGGUAAAUAAGAGAGGUCGAGUGAAGAACUUGACUGCAGGGCGGCCUCCAACCGUCUUAAAACCGAAGUCGAUAUCAAGAAAGGCUACUAGGACAUUAAUUAAUUCUCACCAUGUUCUAGAGAAGAAGAAAGUUCAAGCUAUCGCUAAAGGCGAUAUAGCUACGCAGACUACGAUUGAAGCAGAGAUUGCUGCCCUGGGUGGCCUUGAGAAGUACCAACAAGCCAGCCUUCAGGGCCAACGCCUUGACCGUGGGGGAGACAGCUCCCGUGUGCUUAUGGAUUGGCUUAAGUCGAUGGACUCCAGUCUCGCUUCCCCUGCAGAGACUCGGCUGAAAAUGCUUGAGGUCGGUGCUUUAAGCACUACGAAUGUAUGCUCGAGGAGCGGUGUCUUCGAUAUGGAAAGGAUAGACUUGAACAGUCAAAGCGAUGGCAUCACACAGCAAGACUUCAUGAAAAAGCCGCUACCUAAGGAUAACUCGGAACGUUUCGAUAUCAUUAGUCUUUCUUUAGUCUUGAAUUUUGUCCCUGAUGCUAUAGGACGAGGUGAAAUGCUUCUCAGAACUUUGGAAUUUCUAAAAGAACCUAAUACAGACAGCUCAUCUCAGCUACGUGAUAUCUUUCCAAGUCUGUUUAUGGUUCUACCAGCACCAUGCGUCACCAACUCAAGGUAUAUGAACGAGGCUCAUAUAGAGUCUAUCAUGAGAACAUUAGGAUACGUAAAAGCUCAGAGCAAGACCACUCAGAAACUUGUCUACUACCUUUGGGUCAGGAAGUCGCCGCUCCAAUCGCCUCUUACGACGUUCAAGAAAUUGGAACUUCGAUCUGGCCACUCGAGAAACAACUUUGCCAUCGUGAUUCGUGGCUCGUCAGGGUGA